AUGGGUUUUGAAGUGGGCAUCUUAACUUCUUUCAUUAGGCAAGGGAGAGGCUAUCUUGAUCAUCCCCAGAUUUUAAACAUCCAAAACUACAGUGUUUUCGUGUCAACAUGGAAUGUGGGAGGAAGGCCACCUAGGAGCAAUAUGAACUUAGAUGAUUGGCUUCACUCAGCUCCUUCUGCAGAUGUAUAUGUUCUAGGUUUUCAAGAAAUAGUUCCUUUGAAUGCCGGCAACAUUCUUGGAGCAGAGGACAACGGCCCGGCUAAGAAGUGGCUCGCCUUAAUCAAACGUACACUGGACAAUGCUCCAGGCACUAGUGGAGUCGGGGGGUGCUACACACCAUCUCCGAUCCCUGAUCCAGUCGCUGAAUGGAAUGCAGACUUCGAGGGAUCGUCCAGGAACAAAGCCUCAACCUUCUUUCCACGUCGGUCGUUCCAAACACCACCACAGCGCUGGAACAUGGAGAACGACAUGUCAAUCCCACAGACUCCCCUUGAUAGGAGACUCAGUGUGUGUGACAGGGUAAUUUUUGGUCACAGGCAGAGUGACUUUGGUGCGAAUGUGAGAUGGGGCGGUAGACCUAGUGACUGCUCAUCUAGCCAGAGGACGAGCGACUUCUCUUCUGGCCCUCGUCCCAGUGACUACUCAUCUGGACCCCGGCCUAGUGACUACUCCUUGGGUCAUAGGCCUAGUGACUUUGAGGAUUAUCUGACUAGUGACUCGCCUAGCACGGUCUUGCAGCCGAGGGCUUGUGCUCUCGCAGAAGAUGCAUACGGAGAGCCAGGAAGAUCGAGAUACUCUUUGGUUGCAAGUAAGCAAAUGGUUGGCAUCUUUCUCACUGUUUGGGUUAAAAGUGAGAUGAAGGAACAUGUGAGAAACAUAAAGAUUUCAUCUGUUGGAAGAGGAUUAAUGGGAUAUCUUGGUAAUAAGGGUUCCAUUUCAAUCAGCAUGAUGUUGCACCAGACCAGCCUUUGCUUCGUGUGCAGUCAUUUGACGUCCGGUGAGAAGGAAGGAGAUGAGCUUCGUAGAAAUGCUGAUGUCAUGGAGAUCCUAAGGAAGACACGGUUCCCACGUGUCAGCAACAUCAACGAUGAAAAAUCACCCGAGACAAUCCUUGAACAUGAUCGAAUAAUUUGGCUUGGAGAUCUGAACUAUCGGAUAGCUCUUCCCUACCGAUCUGCCAAAGCUCUCGUGGAAAUGCAAAACUGGAGGACACUGUUAGAAAAAGACCAACUCCGGAUAGAGCAGAGACAAGGCCGAGUAUUUGAUGGAUGGAAAGAAGGGAAGAUCUACUUCCCACCAACGUAUAAAUACUCGCACAAUUCAGACAGAUAUGCUGGUGAUGAUAUGCACCCGAAGGAGAAAAGACGAACUCCAGCAUGGUGUGAUAGGAUCUUGUGGUACGGACGGGGUCUGCAGCAGUUAUCCUAUGCACGAGGCGAAUCUAGGUUCUCAGACCAUAGACCAGUCUCUAGUGUUUUCUCGGCCGAGAUCGAGCUAGUCCCCAACCGGUUCAGGAAAAGCACGAGCUGCUCAGGCUCCAGAAUACAGGCCGAGGAGCUGUUACCCUACACACAAAGCUAUACUGAACUCUGCUUCUUUUGAAAAAAAGUGUUCGUGCUGCAUUGGCAUCCCAUAUUCCCAUAUCAUUCGUACACACGCCAUCUUUGUUGCUCUCCCCUCGUCUAAUUGUUUUCGUCAUCAGAUGUGAAUACUCACAGUUUUGGAGACCUAACCUUACACACCACUGAUCAUGUACUAAGUACACUUCGUUGUAGAGUCUAAUUAUACGAGCCGUUGCAGUCUUCUUCCGCAGCUAAGGAUGUAAUCUAACAACUGAAGAUGCCAAGUAAAGUACAAGAUUCUUGUUUUAUUUUUAUUUUGAGGAUUCUUUGAUUAGUUAGAACUUAGAAUAGGAUCAUAGAUUGUUGACAAAGUUGGAUAACUAGACAUAGUCAAAAUAAUCAUCCUUCUUUAAAUUGAGAAAGCUGCAGUUUUCAAUGUGAGAAAGUAUUGGGAAUCUUGAUGUAAAAAAAACACUCAUUGAUAACAUGAUAGUGAAAUAUCAAGCUUGUUUUA